GCCCGGGAGGUUUGAUUCCUUUGGCGGGCGGAAGCCACCAGAGCCUGGCGAACGAAACGAUUCCUAAGGACUUCUGGCUCUCGCCGCUUGGCCUCGGACGGCUGGUGGGCUCUUCAGUCCUUCCGUCCGGCCCGACCCCGCCCGGCCCUCCGCUUCUCAGGUUCUUUUUAUCAUUUUGAAAACACUUCCAGGUAGACUAUGAAAGAUUAUGAUGAACUUCUCAAAUACUAUGAAAUAUAUGAAACUAUUGGAACAGGUGGCUUUGCAAAAGUCAAGCUUGCCUGCCAUAUCCUCACUGGAGAGAUGGUAGCUAUAAAAAUCAUGGAUAAAAAUGCACUAGGGAGUGAUUUGCCCCGGGUCAAAACAGAGAUUGAUGCCUUGAAGAAUUUGAGACAUCAGCAUAUAUGUCAACUCUAUCAUGUGUUGGAAACAGCCAACAAAAUAUUCAUAGUUCUUGAGUACUGCCCAGGAGGAGAGCUGUUUGACUACAUAAUUUCCCAGGAUCGCCUGUCAGAGGAGGAGACCAGAGUGGUUUUCCGUCAGAUAGUGUCUGCAGUUGCUUAUGUGCACAGCCAGGGUUAUGCUCACAGGGACCUCAAACCAGAAAAUUUAUUGUUUGAUGAAAAUCAUAAAUUAAAGCUGAUUGACUUUGGUCUCUGUGCAAAACCCAAGGGUAACAAGGAUUACCAUCUACAGACAUGUUGUGGGAGCCUUGCUUAUGCAGCACCUGAGUUAAUACAAGGCAAAUCAUAUCUUGGAUCUGAGGCAGAUGUUUGGAGCAUGGGCAUACUUUUGUAUGUACUUAUGUGUGGAUUUCUACCAUUUGAUGAUGAUAAUGUCAUGGCUUUGUACAAGAAGAUUAUGAGAGGGAAAUAUGAUGUUCCUAAGUGGCUCUCUCCCAGUAGCAUUCUGCUUCUUCAACAAAUGCUGCAGGUGGACCCAAAGAAACGGAUUUCUAUGAAAAAUCUGUUAAACCAUCCCUGGAUCAUGCAAGAUUACAACUGUCCUAUUGAGUGGCAAAGCAAGAAUCCUUUUAUUCACCUUGAUGAUGAUUGCGUAACUGAACUUUCUGUACAUCACAGAAACAACAGGCAAACAAUGGAGGAUUUAAUUUCAUUGUGGCAAUAUGAUCACCUCACAGCCACUUAUCUUCUUCUUCUGGCCAAGAAGGCUCGGGGAAAGCCGGUUCGUUUACGGCUUCCUUUUUCCUGUGGACCUGCUAAUGCCACCCCAAAGUCAAAGAAUCUGAGCUUGGAAGAUGUGACAAGUGAUGAAAAUUAUGUGGCUGGACUAAUAGACUAUGAAUGGUGUGAAGACAAUUUAUCAACUCCCCAAACACCACAGUUUACCAAGCACUGGACAGAAUCAAAUGGUCUGGAGUCUAAAUCAUUAACUCCAGUAUUAUGCAAGUCAUCUGCAAAUAAAUUAAAGAACAAAGAGAAUGUAUAUACUCCACAAUCUGCUGUAAAGAAUGAAGAAUAUUUUGUAUUUCCUGAACCAAAGACUCCAGUUAAUAAGAACCAGCAUAAAAGAGAAGUACUAACAACACCAAAUCAUUACACUACACCCUCAAAAGCUAGAAACCAGUAUCUAAAAGAAACCCCAGUUAAAACAUCAGGAAAUUCAGCAGGAAGAGACAAGUUAAUGACAAGUGUCAUUAGCCCUGAGAGGCGGUGCCGCUCAGUGGAACUAGAUCUUAACCAGGCACAUAUGGAGGAUACUCCAAAAAGAAAAGGAACCAAAGUGUUUGGGAGCCUUGAAAGGGGGUUGGAUAAGGUCAUCACUGUACUUACCAGGAGCAAAAGGAAGGGCACUGCCAAAGAUGGGCCAAGAAGGCUAAAGCUUCACUAUAAUGUGACUACAACCAGAUUAGUGAAUCCUGAUCAACUCUUGAAUGAAAUAAUGUCUAUUCUUCCAAAGAAGCAUGUUGACUAUGUACAAAAGGGCUAUACACUGAAGUGUCAAACACAGUCAGAUUUUGGCAAAGUGACAAUGCAGUUUGAACUAGAAGUGUGCCAGCUACAAAAACCUGAUGUGGUGGGCAUCCGGAGGCAGCGGCUUAAGGGUGAUGCCUGGGUUUACAAGAGAUUAGUGGAAGAUAUUCUGUCUAGCUGCAAGGUGUAAUUGAAUGGUUUCUAUCCUGCUUUGACAAAUGUGGAUGUGAUACAUAGAAACUGAUGUGAUUGGUUGAAAUUUAAAGUCCAUUGGAAUUACCAACUCAUUUCUAAAGAGCUAUCUUAAAGACCAAUAUAAUGCCUUUUUGUUUUUAAGAAAAAGGUAUAAUUUUGUGGAUGAAUCCAAGGCAAGUCUGUCAUUAUCUGUUACUGUCUUUUUUAAUCAUGCGAUGUGUAUAUUAAUAACUAUUGACUUUUCUUGAUUCACUUUCAUAUGUGAAUGUAAGCUUUUACCUGUCCCUUUUAAUGUGUAAUUUCUUUCUGAAAUAAAACUGUUCGUUAAUA